UCCUCAGGUGUCCUCGCCCGGUCACCACCACCACCGUCCCUCUGACUCCGCAGCUGAAGCUGUUCUCCGUCUCGCCGGCCGUCCAGCUCUUCUCCAGCUGGUCCCCGAUCCUUCUCAGGCGGGAGGCGAGCAGCUGAGCCACGGAGCACGUGUCACAUGAUGUGGGGUUUACAUCAUCUUCUCCCAAAAGAGGGAUGCAAUGGUUAACUCCUGAAUUUCUCCUGUCUGGAUUGAUCUGGGCAGUCUUUUGUUACAGGGGUGUUGGGACAUUGUGUUCUUUUCUAUUAUUUAUACAUUUUGAUAUUCGUACUUUCUAUUAUUUAUAAACAGAAAUUCCCCAUCUGCAUGAAUGAGCAAUAUUUGCAUUCAGAUUAAGAAUAACUGUAAGUAAUGGCCACCAAACGUAUAUCUUAAUUGUAAAAAGUUGCGUCCAUAAUAAAGCUGCGGAAUAAAAAACACGCGGAACUAAUGUACAGCAGCAAGUUGUCCCUCUUCGGAGUGUUUACAAAGACGGACGCGUUUUUGUUUUGCGUCGGUGUAGCCCUCUGGUUCCCCCCAGUUGUUGGGACGACUAUAAAAAUACAGUUUUUAAGUGAAGUUGUGAAUUCAUUUUAAUAAUGCGAGUUAAAUAUGGACGAAGAAGAGCUUGCUGCGUUCAGGAAGCGUUGGAAACAAGAGUUGUCGAGUAAGGACGAUAAGCAGCAGCUUAACUGUGCUUCUUCCCCUCCUCAGUCAAGCAAAGGAGACUUACAAAACAGGUAUUUUGAAGAUUUAGAAAACCUCAACCAUCCCUGUAGUGCCUCACAACCAGAAGAGAGUAAAUGCUCUGAGAAGAAAAGGUGUGCUGUUGAAGGAAGAGGAAAAGAUGCUGCAAAGCCCGAAGAUCAGCCUGAAUAUGUGUCAAUCGCGCACAGUCUGCUGGAUGGGAGGACCAGUCCUCUACUGGACAGGAUUCAGAAGGAGAGAAGCAGGAGAAAGAGACAGUAUCAGAACAUGACUGAUGUUUGCAGAUCAUCCCUGCAGCAGCAGCAGCAGCAAGCAAAGAGGAAAAUCAAGACAGAUGAAGAGCUGGUGGAUCAACUGAUCCAGGAUCUGAAUGAAGUCAAUGACAUUCCCUUCUUUGAUAUCGAGCUGCCGUAUGAGUUAGCGUUGAAGAUAUUCCAAUAUCUGGACCGUACUGAGCUCGGCAGGUGUGCACAGGUGAGCCGGGCAUGGAGAACUCUUGCAGAGGACAGUGUCCUGUGGUACAAGAUGUGCACAGGGGAGGGUUUUCACCAGGAAGCCAGCGUGUCCGACUCCCCCUGCUGGAAGAGCACACUGCGAGACUGCAGGAACUCAGCCAAAUCUGUGUGCUCCAACUGGAAGAAUCGAGUGGGAUCCAUCAGCCAGCUGCAGUUCGAGCUGGGGAAGGUGCUAUGUGAUGUCAGCUCCUGUGACAACUUUGUCUUAGCUGGGUACACGUCUGGUGAUGUGAGGCUGUGGGACACGCUGCACUGGGACUCAACAGCUUCUUACCUAAAGACAAACAGCCUGUCAGCCAACUCUGAACCCAGACCUCAUGUCAGUCACGUCCAGGUUAACAGCACAGUGGCUGCUGCUGCUUAUGAAGACGGCUGUGUGGACCUGUGGAGCACGGAGACAGGUGGAGAACCAAUCUACCACUACCAGACUCCGGAGAGGGUCCAGAGUCUGGCCCUGAGCCAUGACAGCCCCGUCCUGUGCUCAGCCGCUGGGGCUGAUGUCCGACUGGACCGUGCUGAUGACCGUGGCUACUGGAGGACGCUCUGCAGGACUCAGCUACCCAAACUUGUAGAGAGUCUGGUUUUGGUGCCAGGUAAGGGGCAGCAGUUCCCGCUGGCAGUGCUGUCAGCAGGAGAGUCUGUGUACCUGCUGGACCCCCGGGAGGAGGAACCACAGACGCUUCACUCCGUCUACGGUCACCCUGUUACAUGCCUGGACGCUUCGGACUCUCAAGUUGCACUCGGAGUGAAGAGCUCAGGAUGGGCCAUGCACGAUGGAGGGAACAAGAUCCACAUCUACAGCCUGGAGACGAGCAAACCUGUGGUCUGUGUCGGUAACUCAACUGGAGAUUUCUCCUGCAUCAACCUGAGGGACAGCCCUCCUCACCUGCUGGUGUGUGGGAACAAAGACAGGAGGGUGAGGGUGUUCGACCUACGAGCCGGCUCCUCUGUGGCGUCCCUGUACGCCCACCACCUGGGCGUCACCUCGGUUCAGGCGGACGACUGGAAGAUUGUAAGCGGCGGAGGCGAAGGGUUGGUGUGUGUGUGGGAGAUGAGGAUGGGAGCCAAGCUGUGGGAGAUGCACAACAGGCAUCCUGUACGGCAUGUCCGCUUCAACACCAGCACCCUGCUCACAGCCAACGUCCCCGAUGACAAGUCGCCACGGGGAGCCUGCAUCACAGACGAUGACCUCACAGCUCACCGCAGACACCGAGGAGUCAUCUGCCAUUACGACUUCUCUGAGGACGCGCUGUCUCAGGAUCACAUCCUGCCGAUCUGCAGGUCCGACUACAUCGAGUCGCACGGAUACAACUACAACAUCGGCCUGGCUGUGCCUUACGACAGACUGUCCGGAUCCCAUCCCUCCCACUGACCUCCAGUUAACAAGCUGCCACUGAGCGGACGACAGAAACUUUGACCUUUGAUUAGUUUGAUUCUCCAAACUGUACCCCUUUAGUUUAAUACUUUUAAGUUUUCUAUUUGAAUCAAACUCUCAUUGUAUAUUAUGUGUACACGUGUAGGUAUCUGUCACUUUAAUGGUUGAUUGCAUCUGCAGUAAACUAUAGCUGUAAAAUUAUGGAUUUUAAUUGUUUACUCUGAUUUGAAUCAGUGCUGCUGUGAUCUCACAGCAAUAAAACAGCUCAUUACUUCUACCUCA